CCGUGUUUGGUUCUCCGUCGUCCUUUACGUUCCCCGACGCUAUUUUCACAGUCCAGACCCCACUCUACCUUGUCGGCGCCAUGUUGUACGAACUGAUCGCUGUUGUCCGUCCCGGUAGCCUCCAGGAGGUUAGAGAUAUCGCCCGCAAUGCCGGCAUCCAGGUCCUCCGCUCCGGCGGCGUAGUCCGCGGAUUCACCAACUGGGGCACCUUCCGUCUGCCCAGGCCCACGACGAAGCAUCAGGCCCGCUACAGGGAAGGCCACCACUUCAUCAUGCGCUUCGAUGCCUCCGGUCCCGUGCAAGCGGCUGUCCGCAGAACUCUUGGUCUCGAUCCCCGGAUGGUUCGGUUCUCCGUUGUCAAGUUGGGCGACAAGCUGGAGGAAAUCAAGCACGUCGAUGGCAAGGUUGAGUGGAACAACAACCGUAGCAUCUCCGAAACGUUUUAAUUGUGUUUUGAAUGUGAUGUGGAUUGGUUGCAGCUUUGCGAUUGUUCGUCGUUCGGGACAUGGAAAAUGAUUUAAUUGUCAAUGUAUUAUCUAUGGGAUGGGUUUCUUUGUAUAUCAUAUCAGCAUUAUCGGCGCAUAUACCUUAUUUGGCAGAUUUGGUCAAUAAAGAUGGUGAUCUGUUUCUUCUGCGGCAGUUUUGUCAUUAUGCGUUCAUGAAGGUUGAGCAUUGGAACAUCCUAGGAUCAGGGAAAUACUCCAAAUGAUUGGAUGAUCAUCAGUGACCUUUUGAGGAGCAUUUGUCUAUAUUUUAGAGAAAAUCUGUGAUAUGCUACAUACUCCCAGUCUAUCGGCAAUACAUGAAUCCUUGCCGGGGUUACACAGCACGGAUCCUUGAAACAGCGAUAUACACAAGGAAUGGAACAAAGAUGAUCCAGACCUACUGCAAGAAAUCACUCUGAAUAAGAUAAAAG